CUGGACUACUUGGUCAUUUGUUAUUCAGACAGCAUUUUCAUCUUCUUCUUGUCCUUGUGAUGGUGAUGUUUGGUCCUGUUCUGAGUCUCCGGGUCUCAAAGUACAGCAUAUUUGCCAACAAAAAUCAUUACCUCUACAGGCAAGAACUAGUUUUACUGACUUGAUCAUAAUAAUUAUUUAUUAUAUGAUGCGGUUGUUUUUAAAAUGUAUCUUUUUAUGACUAUAAAUCAAGAGUUUAUUUGCAAAACCAGAUUACUGCAGUUGGGUUGUUUUGAGUAAGUAAAAGUAUUUUAAAAGCAACUUAUACAACUAACAAAAAAAACCUUAGAACAUAAUGAAAAAAACAUUAUUCGUUAUCUGUUUUGCAGAUUAACUCCUUUUUGUGGACAAAAUAGCCGAUAAAACAUCUAUGAAACAAUUAAGAGACCAAAUUUACUUUCAAUUUCUGAAUUUACUUUUUAUAUAUGAUUAAGUAAAAUUAUGUUUUUUUUGUUUGAACUAUAGUUACAAAAUGUAUUUCAAAUAAAGCAAAUAUUUUAUCUGCAUCAAUUUGUGGAAAAUUAUGAAUGAGACAAGCUGGUCGAAAUGACUAAAAAAAUGCAAUGUUUGCAGAACUUGAUUAGGCCUAGUUGGAAGUUGAUAUUCACAUUAAACAACACAAUACUUUAACAUGUAUUUUAAAAUUAAGUUAAAGUUAAAAAAUGAAUAACUGAUGGAAUAAGCAUGCUUUUUUCAUUAGGCCCAGACUCACACGUCUUUGCAUUCUCUCAGUCUUUUACACUGCUGUUGGUGACCUUUGUCCUGAGGGUUUUCCUGCAUUCAUGCUGGGGCUGGACCUUGACAUUCUGUGGCUCCUUUGUGUUCCUUCUCUCAUACUGCAUCAGUAACUCCAUCAUUCACUCCAUCUGUCAUCUCUCUCGACUCGCUGUGACAGGCAUCAUGUGGUCACUCAUUCGCCGUUUGCUCUCUCUUCUCGUGGAUGCCUCGGGAACCUGUUUCGAGCCACUACAUAGCGCAACAGCAGCCCCCAAAGACCCCCUGAACUCUGACACAUCCGUUGGCGCCUUGUUGCUCCUGAGAGGGGAAAAGGGUAAAGCUGCCUGCCUCAAAGCAGGGCUACAUUGGCAGGGAUGCGAGGUAUCAGAUGAUAUUCUGAUCCUAUCCCUGUGUUGUUUGAUUCUUGCGGAGGAAAUCUGUGUUUUUAAGCCCUGUAUGGCUUUAGGGAGGCCUCUAGGGGCUCCCCUGAGGAUUCUCUUCUUGUUGUGUGCGUUGUUGUUGAGUCUCUGGAUAUUUCUGAUUCUCUGUUUGUUGGCACAUUUUCCUCUGUUUCACUCCCAGCUGGUUGGAGGAGCUAUGGGGUAUUUAGGAUGGAAGGGACUUUAUAAGUAUUGGCAUGCUUUGAAACCAAGUUGGUGUUGUGUUGUAAAAGCAGGCGCUUUGCAUUCGGAAACCACAUGUAAAACUUUAUAAAGUGGGCACGCUGGAAUAAAUGUAUAGGCUCUGAGAAGUACAUAAAAAAAUAUAAAACACUUAUGACUUUUUUUAACACUUUAUUGCAUGAACUGUAUUUUUUUUUUAAUAAGAAAUCGUGUUUAUUUUGCUCUUUUGUCAAACACAUUUGGAUUUUGUCCUUUAUGCGUCGAAGGGUUAAAAAAUAUACGUACCUGUCUUGAACUUCUGUUUUGUCAAAGCAAACUGCAUUUAUAA